AGUGCAUGGUCUCAAGAGGCGGGGCUUCAGUAAUCUUUGCCAGGAAAUUUGCAAAUGAAAAGGCCCCACUGAGCAGUAUAUUAGGGGGACACAGGAUGGGAGGUCUACACUUUAGGGGCUUGCUCUUGCAGUACCAAAGCCACAAGGCAGCCUCUCAGAAGACAGGGCUCCAUCAUGCCUGGCUCAGCACUGCUAUGUUGCCUAAUCUUGCUGGCUGGAGUGGGGACCAGCAGAAGCGAGUAUAACUGCACCCACUUCGCAGUCAGCCAGACCCACAUGCUCCGAGAGCUGCGCCAUGCCUUCAGCCAGGUGAAGACUUUCUUUCAAAAAAAAGACCAGCUGGACAACAUCCUAUUAACCGAUGCCUUGAUGCAGGACUUUAAGGGUUACUUGGGUUGCCAAGCCUUAUCAGAAAUGAUCAAGUUUUACCUGAUAGAAGUGAUGCCCCAGGCCGAGAACCAUGGCCCAGAAAUCAAGGAGCAUUUGAACUCCCUGGGAGAGAAGCUGAAGACCCUCAGGAUACGACUGCAGCGAUGUCAUCGAUUUUUCCCCUGUGAAAAUAAGAGCAAGGCUGUGGAACAAGUGAAGAGUGACUUUAAUAAGCUCCAAGAGAAAGGUGUUUACAAGGCCAUGAGUGAAUUUGACAUCUUCAUCAACUGCAUAGAAGCAUACUUGACAAUCAAGAUGAAAAACUGAAACACCCAUAGUAUUGUGUUGAGUCUACUAGACUCCAGAGCAUAAGCAGAGCUCUGUAAGAUCCGAUCCGGGGAUCUUUGCUAACAGACGCAACUCCUUGGAAAAACCUUGUUGGACCUCUCUCUGAAAUAUUUAUUACCUCUGAUACCUCAGUUCCAUUCUAUUUAUUCACUGAGCUUCUCUGUGAACUAUUUAGAAAGAAGCCCAAUAUUAUAAUUUUACAAUAUUUAUUAUUCUUACCUAUGUUUAAGCUGUUUCCAUAGGAGACACUUUAUAGUAUUUGAGUGUUCUAAGGGAAAACGUGUGAUAUGAUGGGGGGAAUCUUCCUUGGGAAGCCAACUGAUUCUAAGGUUGGCCACACUUGAUAGCUGCAGAGCUAUUUCCUAUGAUGUCCCUUUAAUUUCACUCAUCCCUGAGUUCAGAGCUCUUGGAAGGGUUAUGGAGACUCUUAUGGGUCUUAGGGAGAGAAACUGGGGAGGCCCUUUGAUGAUUAUUCUUGCAAUGGCUCAGAGGGAUUUCCCUGACCUCAUUCUCCAACCAUUUCAUUCGUGAAAGCUGUGGCCAAUUUCUUAUUUAUAACCAUCUCAAAUCAGUUCUAAUAGAACUCAUUUUUAACUAGAAGUAAUUCAAUUCCUUUGGGAAUGGUGUAUCGUUUGUCUGUUUUUGUAGCAGAUUCUAAUUUUGAAUAA